AUGUUGAGCACUAUAAAUCGAACAAUAUGUAGAAGGGUUUCGAGUAGUUUUGCUGUUUUUUCGAAUGAAGAAAUAAGAAGCCCAAAAAGAACUAUUGAAGAUUUAACACAGGAAAUGUUGCAGGUUGGUUUGCAUCAUAGUCAAAAAAUAUAUGCUAAAAUAUCUAGAAUAAUGUCUUUCACAGGCUCCAGUCUCACGAGUUCCACCAACGGUCCAACGAAUCAUGAGCUCUCUAAAACUCAAAUUCAAACCAGACGGCCUUGACGGAUCAGUCAAAUCAAUUUUAGAUCGCGCAUCAGCUCAAUUAUACUAUAAUUGCGCCGAUAAUUUCGAUUUUCCGAAACUUUGCGAUGCUUUUGGUCUUGGGGAUUUUAUGUCAUCUUGGUAUAAAUUAACAUUAAUGCAUACUUGGAUGGUUCUUUUGAGAUUGCAUGGAGAAUUUGAUGGAAAAGCAUAUAUGAGAUUGCAAAGAGGAUUAUUAUCUACAAUGUGGUUAGAUAUUGAUCACAGGUAUUUUUUAAUGAAGAAUUCAUCGAAAUAAAAUUUGUGAAUUUUUAGACUUUCAAUCGUUAGUAAAGAAUUGGGACAAGUUUUAACAUCAGAAAAUGACAUGAAACAUAUGCACGGAUUACAUUUGCAAACAUUUUUCGAAUAUGACGAAGGAUUUUUACACGAUGAUCGAGUUCUUGCUGGAGCAGUUUGGCGUUGUUUAUAUCUAAAUCGACCUGUUGACCCAGUUCAACUUCUUCGAGCUGUUACUUAUAUUCGAUCAACUGUUGCUUGGCUUGAAACUUGUGAUACAAAUGCGAUUCUUGUUGAUGGAAUUCCUGAAUGGAAACAGCUUCGACCACAAUAA